UUUUCAGUGUGACACCCAGUGCGCCUGCGCAUUCGUCUCGUGCAGUUAGCUACCUUCGGAUGCCUCAGUAAACUUGUGUUCUAAAGCUUAGAAAAUAUACCUACGGUUAUCGUGGUCGUAGUUUUGGAUGGAACAUUAUUACAAUACUUAAAGUCGUCAGUAUAUUAUCUUUUAACGCUGCAUUUUCACGUGAGACGUUAUCUCAGACGCGUUAGCCUCAUUGUUGUGUUAGCUUGUUAGCAGAACAACCCAGAACAAUUACAAAGUUCCGAUCCAAAACAUUUCCUUAAUAUAUUCUUUAUGAAAGCUAAUUAUAUUUUUUAAAAUACACAUUUUGUGAACAAACUAUCCAUUAACCUUUUAAAAUUCGCCUUUUUUUCUCCGAUUUUGUGUGUGUUACGUUUUGUACCCACCCAGCGGCUAAGAAUGUAUUCUUCGUUUUGAAGUAUGUGACAGAGGAGAGGAUGGACAGAGACUUGUUGAGGCAGUGCCUCGUGUAUCAUGGAGAGUCACUGUUCAGUAAACUUAAAUGUGAACAAACCGAAAACCCAGAUUUCCAAGCGGUGGUAUCGGAUCUGUGCAAAGCUACAUAUGAAAGGAAGGUGACAGAGAAAUGCAGCUCACUGGUGGAGCAAUUCAUUGCCAGAAAGGCUGACAUUCUGUUUAGCCCUGAAUGGAGGACUGCCACCCCUCAAGAACAGGAUCAUGAGGAAGAGGAGGCUGCAGAGCCCUAUGCCACCAUGCCACCGCUGGAGUUAUUCAUGGAGUUGUCGUAUGAGGAGAGAAGGACCAUGAUCUACAGGGAUCUCGAGAAAGGGGACGUAGUGGUUGGAAGGAUCAACAACAUUCGAGAAUACGGCUUCUUUCUCACUCUGAUUUGCAUGGCCGGCGGUUUGAAGAGAGAAAUAGAGGACUUGGAGCUUUCGGCUCUUUGUCAUGUGAGAGAAAUUCCCUCCAGUGGCAGCCACGAUGAUCCGUUGUCCUAUUAUCAGAUCGGAGACUUCAUCAGAGCUGGAGUGAAAGACAUCGAUCGCUACCAGGAAAAGAUCACAGUGUCGCUUCAUCAGGCCUCUCUCUGCCCCGCCUUGAAGCACAUCAAACUGGGUGUUAUUACCCAAGAAGAGAUGCCUAUACACUACAGUCGAAGUGUUUGUGCUGCUGCUGAUUCCAGAGAAACAUAUGCAUGUAUUUUGAAAAGUUGCCAUGGUUACCAGAACCCCUCUGUGGUGGAGUACCUGCUGGAGAAAGUAGGAAUUAGUGACAGGCACCCGCCUUCAAUGAUGCGAGGACUGCAGAGUAAACUGUUUCAAGAGGAAGAUUUUGCUUCUGCCAUCAGGAAGAAGCAGUCUGCCUCCUGGGCCUUAAAGUGCGUUCGAGCCGGCGUGGACCACUUCAAACAUGGCCGUCAUGUUGAGGCCAUGAAUGAGUACAACAAAGCCUUGGAAAUUGACAUGAACAAUGUGGAAGCGUUGGUGGCAAGAGGAGCUUUGUAUGCAAACAAAGGCGGCCUCCUGAAAGCCAUAUCAGACUUUGAACUCGCUCUGGAAAACUGUCCAGAUCACCGCAACGCCAAGAAAUACCUCUGCCAGACGCUGGUGGAGAGAGGAAAACAGCUGGAAGAACAAGAAAAACUGGUGACAGCAGAGGGAAUCUAUCGCAGAGCGCUGUCUCUGGACGACUCGAACCCCGAGGCGAAGGAGGCUCUGCACAACAUCACUGACCUGAUACAGAAAUCUAUCCGCCUGCGAGAGGAAGCGCUUGCUAAGGAGCAAGUCAAAGCUAAGACCAGUCAGACCAGCGCUGAGAAAUUGCGUAAGAUCUUAAAAGAGGAGAAGAGAAUGAAGAAGAAGAAGAAGCGGGCGGCCUCUUCCUCCCCAUCCUCCUCGUCCUCUAGAUCCUCCUCCUCACGGUCAUCCUCGUCACGCAGGAGAUCCAAGAAGAAGAAAAAGAAGCGAAGGAAGUCGGACCGCGGAAGCAAGCGGCACCGCCGGAUCUCCUCCAGGGAAAGCAGGAAGAGUGAGGAGGGUAAGAGCGAGAGGGACAGGAAGGAGGACGAGGAGGUGGAAUGGUACCCCGAGCCCCCCAACACUUCCGCCACUUUCCUUAACCAGACAGGUGGGCCGGUGUUCGGAGGGGAGGACGAGGUAGCGGGGAGGGAAGCUAGGAGCGCCGGUCAGUUGAAUUCUGUCUCGGCAGCUUCAGAUGAGGACGACUCUGACUCCUCACGCAAGAGGAGGACAGACGGGCAGAGCAGGAGCCCACCGGGAGACCAGGGGAGAGGGAGGAGCAGAGAAAGGAGGAAUUUGAGCAUAGAAGGAGGGAGGGAAGAUUACAGGAAAGACAGAAAAGACGACGAAUCCAAGAGGAGACGCAGCUUUGAGGAAAAUCAAACGAGACGGUCAUCCUGCUCAUCAGUCGAGGUGGAGCACUCCCGCAAAUCCAGCUUCCUAUCGGAAUAUUCGGGAAACUCCAGAAAUUUGGAAAGAAGAAUAAGCCACGACUCCUCCUCGAGGACCUCCUUCGACGGUGGUAGGUACGAGAACAGGGGGAAGAAGGAAGAAGAGGGAGCAGGAAAGGAGAGGUCAGAGGACGAGGGCCACACAUCGGGACGUGGGAAGAUCAACGCCGGCAAUCAGAACGGACAGAGUGGGACGGGGCCGAAAAAAGAACUCCCCGCAAACCUGCUGGAGAUCUUUAACCAGAUCGCACAGUUUGAGAAAGAAAAAGGGAGUCAAGCCAAAGCCACCAAUCCAAAAUAAAACAGAAACGUUUGUUCUGUGAAAAAAAAUAAGACGUAAAUCGCCAAAUCAGUUCAUGUCUCCAGUCUACAGUGUUGGGUUAAAUACAUUAUUUUUUCUGGAAAAUCGAGUAAAAAAUGUCAAAACCUGCAUCUUUUUUUUCUUUAAAUUACAUUCUUAGAACAUAUAAAACUAAUGAAACCAUUUUACAAGUUUGAAAUCGCAUUCAUUGAACCUUUCACAUGCACGUUAUUGUUUACAAAACACGGCCCCAGUGUUAGGAAGAGGCUGUCUUAAGAAAACAAAAAAGAAAACUGCCUUUUUUUCUUCUCCAUGUGCCAUGAUGUGACGUCUGUCUUUGGUUUGUUAAACAUCUUCAGCGUCUCAGCUUUGCAGAUCUAUGUGAAGGUUCGCAUGGUGUAAAUUUCCAGCUGUAGUGAUUACCUGUGAGGUCGCCUAAUAAAGCGCUUUGGAAACUUGAAA